AUGUCAGAACGAUUUGAAUAUGACCUUUUGCCAGAGCCAACCUGCAUCCGCUUGGUAUCCUUUGUCCCUCAGGAUGAUGCUACCUGUCCUCCCCUGACCAAAGGUGAGCCGCUGCUCCAGCUAUCGCUGUGCACGGUGGAUCUGCGGGAUGCCCCGCACUAUGAGGCACUGUCGUAUACCUGGGGAUCGCCAUUCCCUCCAGAGGACCCAAGAUCAAGAGCGUACGAGGAUGAGAAUAAUCAACAGCCAGUGAUAGUCAACGGUCGUGAAUAUGAGAUUGGACGGAACCUCUGGGAGUUCUUGCAUCAACAGCAGCAGAUCAACGCGAUUAUCAGGAAAGAGGCCGCCGAAACUCUUGCGGCUGGGUUAGACGCACAUGGACGGACCCCAUUAAUGCGCGCUGUCAUAGAUAGAAGGAUCGAUCUGGCAGAGGCUUUGCUCGCCCUUGGUGCCAAGACAGAGGCACAAGAUAAACAGGGAAAGACGGCACUCCAUUACGCACUUUCAAGGGACACCCGGAAUUUGGACCUCGCAGAGCUACUGGUCUAUCAUGGCGCGGACAUCCAUGCGCGGACACAAGAAGGGGAAACGCCGUUGGACAACGUCGAGGGUGAGGUGGUUGCGUUGAUCACGUCCAUCGGCAAAGACCUUGGCGGAAAAGCCCUACCGAGAGGUCUGCGACUCUCAGCACAGAGGCCGAUGUGGGUUGAUGCUAUUUCGAUCAAUCAGAAAGAUACGGCUGAGCGCAAUAAGCAGGUCGCUAUGAUGUCGGAUAUAUAUAGCAAGGCCAUGCCUGUUGUUGUGUGGCUCGGUAUGGAAGACGAGCACAGCCCUCCUGCACUGAAGGUCCUCCUUAAUGAUAAUUUCAUCCCCUGGGUAAUGUUGACUGAGACGAGAUAUUUGGAGCCCACAGAGUUGAGUGUAGAAAACUCCAUGGAAAAACGCUACAGUCCUCAGCAUAUACGCAAUGCACUGGCUGUGGAGAAGCUUAUGGCGAGGACUUGGUGGUCCCGAGCCUGGGUCAUCCAGGAGCUGACGCUGGCGAAGCGUGCUGUGAUCGUUUGUGGCUCAGUCACAAUUGACCCGAUGCCCACAAGUAUUAUAUUAGGCGUGCUAUGCUGUAUUCCUUCUGUGGGGAAGCAAAUGCAAGUUAGCCAUCCGAUUGUAAACGGUACUGCUCUCUUUGAGAGUGCACGUUUCGCAGGGGUGCACGGCAUCGAAGCGCUCAUGCUUGCUGAUAUCAGCUUUAGAGCCUCUAAAUACGCAAGAGAGCGGGAGUUCGUCUUGAAGAAUGCUUUAGCACUAAACAAGGGGGCUCCGAAUGGUUCCUGGGGGCGAAGUCUAAGCCUCCAAAACCUAGGAAGGUUAAGUUGGUGGUCCCAGUCCCGCGAUCCGAGAGACAAGGUCUUCGCGCUAGUAGGGAUUGCUUGCCCAGAUCCACAGGACCAGGGGAUUAUUGUAGAUUACACGAUACCUAUUGACAAGCUUUUUGUUCAAUAUGGUCACUUAUUCAUUCAAGGCUCACCCGAGGAAAUCCAGGAUCUACACACUACCGAAUGCUAUGCUUUCGAGCCCCUGGAGGGGCUAUCCUAUGUUCAGGACACGCCAAAUCCUCACCCUGAAUUCCAGGAUUACAAAGCCAAACUUCCGUCCUGGACCCCAAACUUCAGCGCGCAUCUCACAACCUGCCGCAUCUGGUCCCGGGAAUUUAGAGCAGCCUCAUACAUACCUAACAGCCCAGCAAUUAUUUCCCACCCAGACCCCAGAAUUUUGUGUCCGGCCAAAAGCAAGGGUGAUGUACAGGUGUCCGAGGUACUGGCCUGGCUGGAAUUCAUACAGAGUUUGAAUCCCAGAUACUCGGAAGAAGACAGCCACGUGGAUGCCCUGCGGCAAACAUUAACCGCUGGUAAACAAGGCCAGGAUAAAAAGGUUGCGCGUAAGGCCUUCCGAGACUUUAUCACAGGGAAACUAUGUCAGAGUGAGACGGAUCCUCAAUUGGAAUCGAUAAUCGCGAAACUGCGCAAGUCUAGCCCACGGGACACUAUGCCCUCGGUUAAGGAGCUCCAUAAAAGAAAGAAGGAGCUCAAGAAACAUAAGCAGGGUCUCCUGAGGUGUGUGUCGGAGCACAUACAGAUGGUGGAGGCACUCCGGAGAGACAUACAGGGGCUCAAGGAACAAAAGCAAGGGCUUCUGAAAGUAAGCCAGAAGCUCCUGAAUCAAGAAUGGCAGGGACAAGUAGCACCAGGACAAGCGGACUUGAAACAAAUACGGGAGAUGCGGAAACGAGUGCAGAAGGACCUGCAACUUAGGCCUAUUAACUAUGGUCAGCUAGGGGAGUUUGACAUUCUUUUGAGGCGCUACAACAGGUCUAGGUGCCUGUUCCUGACCAAAGAAGGCUAUAUAGGUCUCGGGCCUCUGGGUGUACAACCCGGAGAUGAAGUCUGGCUGUUUGCUAAUGCACGGACACCUUUUGUCCUCCGUCGACCGUCGGAAGGGUCCCUGAGAAGGGAGCCUCUAGGUUCGAAUUCCUCGAAAAUGGAAUGUGAAAGCCGGACAUUCAUCGGAGAGACUUACGUUCAUGGAAUUAUGAAUAGGGAAGCGAUGCGUAAUCGUGAUUUUCGUCCAGUGUUGCUAGUAUAACCGCGCUGGUACUUGUUUCUUAGUAAUAAUAUAUUUGCAGCGUUGUGUCUGGUUAUAUCAAGGAGGCGGAGAUGAUUGGAUGUGCCUGGAUUGUUUUUUUUGGUUAUAUUAAAGUUUCAAGGACUCUAAUAGUGUUAAUGUUUA